ACUAAUCAGAACAUCGUGAGGCUAAUUGCGCUGCAUAAAGACCAUACCUGUAAGGGUGAUGCCGGUUGGUCCUAACGAGGUCGUCAUGGAACUGGUGCAGUUCACAUGUCUUCUGCUCACCAGCUUGACGUGUCUAACGGGUUUGGGACAGAAGUGUGGCGGUAAACUCUGGCAGUGUGAUGAUGGAACUUGUCUGCCUCUCUUCUGGCGUUGUGAUGGGAGCGGAGACUGUCUGGAUGGCUCUGAUGAAAUGGAUUGUUCCUGUCCUAGGGGCUGGUUUGCUUGCCUGUCUGGGGUCCCUGACUGUGUGAGGGCCUCUGCAAUGUGUGAUGGGCAGCGACAGUGUAUGGAUGGGUCUGAUGAGUUAAACUGCCCAGAGAACCAGGCCUGUCUGCUGGGGGACUGGAGGUGUAGGAAUCACAUCUGUAUUCCAAAGGACCACUACUGCAAUGGGGCAAAUGACUGUGUAGACAACUCUGAUGAGGAGACAUGUGGCCGCUGUGGGCUAGCUGCCUUGCAAUGUCCUGAAGGGGUGUGUAUUUCUGAAGAUGAAAGGUGUGAUGGAAAGCUGCAGUGCUCUGAUGGCAGUGAUGAACCCUUUACCUGUGGGAGGAGCUGUUCUGAGGAGAACGGUGGGUGUAGUCACUCCUGUGAGGAUCGGCCCUGGGGUUCUCUCUGCUCUUGUCCCCCUGGGUGGAGCCUGUCUGCUCACGGAGAUGUCUGUCAGGAUGUGGAUGAAUGCUCUCAUAAUUUAAGUCCCUGCAUGCAUUUCUGCAUCAACACACCCGGCUCCUUCUACUGCUACUGUCAAGGUGGAUUUCAGCUUAAAGGAGACACUGACUGCUAUGCUGAAGGAAAUGAUACUCGGCUUCUAACUGCAAGGAAGGGAACUAUUGGGAUUUUGAACCUGAAGACUCUGACAUUUGAGGCGGUACAGAAUGUGGCCUAUGACCCUCUGGCAUUGGCCUUUGACAUGACCAGGAGCUCAUUCUACUGGGCUGAUGACCAAGGCAACAUCUACAAGGCUAAGGAUCAGCAUAGCGGUAUCCUUUAUCCAGACCAGUAUGGGGUUACAAGUCUAGCUUGUGACUGGCUGACAGGCCAGCUUUUCUGGACCAACCAGAAGACUCGGUCUAUCUAUGUGGGGGCAUCUGAUGGGAGUGGCUUUGCAACAGUCCUGGCCAAGAACCUUGACCCAUUGGAGAUGGUUCUUCUGCCCACUGAAAGCUUGUUGUUUUGGAUCAACCAAGGUCCAGGUGAUAAAAUGACUUUGGAGAGGUCUGGGAUGGAUGGUUUGAGGCAGGAGACUCUGGUGGUGAUCACUGCACAAUCGCCACAUAGUCUGACCCUGGAUGUGUCUGCUCGCAGACUGUACUGGAUCAGUGAUUUCAAAAAGUCCAUAGAGACAGUGAAAGUGGACCGAAGUGGUCGCUACAGCUUUGGGGAGUUUUUCAAGGGGAGACCAGCUCACGGCCUGGCGGUGUUUGACAGAUGGUUUUACUGGACUGAUGCAAAGGGUCUGUGGCGCUCCAUUCAGGGCCAAACCAAUCAGAACACCUUUAUUCAGAGGACACCACUUCCAGUCAUUAAGGCAUACCAUGAACUACAGCAGCCAAAAGCAGGUUCAUCAGCAUGUGGGAAAUCUGACUGCCAGCUCUGCUUGGCCUCCCUGGACCAGCCUGCUGGCUUCACCUGCACCUGUCCUGAGGACCGACUGCUUAUGCCAGAUGGCUCAUGUGAAUAUGCCCAGUUUGCUUAUGCAACGUCCACGACACUCCACCUAUUGGAGUUAAAAGGAAAAGAGCUGGUCAGGACAUUGCUCCUGACUAUCGAUGAUGAGAUGGAGCUCUUUGAUAUUGACUGGAGGAGGGAGUGGUUCUACUGGGUCAACAGCACUGGUCAUGUGACACGCAGAAGCCUCAGCACUGGCCAAUCAGAGAAUGUCCCCACUAUUAAACCAGCCUGUGUAGUGACAGUAGACCAGAAGACAGGCCAUCUGUACUGGCUAUCAUGUGAUGAGGUCAAUGUGGGUGUCACCGAUAUGGAUGGUCAUUAUCCCAGGAGACUUUACCAGGCAGCAAGUGUGAUCACAGAUGUGUUCCUGGACUGGCAACGCGGGAGGCUUUACUGGUUGGAGGCAGGCCGUGUCCUCUGCAUAAGACUGUCAGGGGGGAAGGCCAGAGAUGUCCUGAAUGUAGAUGGAAGCAUCACCGGGCGUAUUGCUUUUGACCUGACAUCCAACUCACUGCUCUGGAACGCAGAGGGGGAAGGUCUGAUGGUAAUGAGUCUGUUGAAGUCCAAGACGUACACUGCCAGUAGAGCGUGGAAUGUUCCUGGUUCUGUCAUGGCGGUUCGCUCUCCGCUCCUGGUGUCACUGUUUCAUGAUGUCCUCACCGUGUGGGACCGACGGGAAGGGAGACGUGUGAAAGAUGUCCCUGUAGAACCAGGUGUUGUCGGGGUGAUUGUGGCUCUGGUGAAGGUGAAAGUGGAUCCUGCCCUGCCAGCCUGUAUGAGUCCGUCAGUGACGUGUCGAGGCUCCACCCUGUGCAUCUCCCAAAGUCAGCUGUGUGAUGGACAGAGAGACUGCCCUGAUGGUUUUGAUGAGGAGUUCUGCAUCACUAAAUGUCCUAAUAGAGGGGAGUUCCGCUGUAAGGACAGGAGGAGGUGUAUUGGGAGGGCUCUGGUUUGUGACGGUCGCUCUCACUGCCAUGACGGCUCAGACGAGGUUGACUGUCCAACGAUUGCUGCUCCACCAUCCCAGGCAGCAGCCCUGAAGUGUCGUAUGGGUUCUAGACUGUGUAAGGAUGGGAGAGAGUGUGUCCUGCACAGCCAUGUGUGUGAUGGAGAGGUGGAUUGUAAGGACGGCUCCGAUGAACAGGACUGUGAGCUUCUUUGCAAAGCAGGUCAGUUCCAGUGUGCUCAUGGGAAGAGGUGCAUUGAGCAGCAUCAGGUGUGUGAUGGAAAGGCCCAGUGUCAGGACCGUUCUGAUGAAAUGGACUGCUUUGAGCCUUCCAAGAGCUGCAGCCAUCGCUGUGACAACAACAGCCGUUGUAUCCCAGAAAGCUUCCUCUGUGACGGAGAGAGGGAUUGCGUGGAUGGCUCCGACGAAGAUGUCUGUGGUUCUAAUGGCCCCGCUCCAGUAACAAAUGAAAUGCCAUCAAACCAGGCCCUCACCUCUGCCCGGCCAGCCUGUGUGAGUCCGUCAGUGACGUGUCGAGGCUCCACCCUGUGCAUCUCCCAAAGUCAGCUGUGUGAUGGACAGAGAGACUGCCCUGAUGGUUUUGAUGAGGAGUUCUGCAUCACUAAAUGUCCUAAUAGAGGGGAGUUCCGCUGUAAGGACAGGAGGAGGUGUAUUGGGAGGGCUCUGGUUUGUGACGGUCGCUCUCACUGCCAUGACGGCUCAGACGAGGUUGACUGUCCAACGAUGGCUGCUCCACCAUCCCAGGCAGCAGCCCUGAAGUGUCGUAUGGGUUCUAGACUGUGUAAGGAUGGGAGAGAGUGUGUCCUGCACAGCCAUGUGUGUGAUGGAGAGGUGGAUUGUAAGGACGGCUCCGAUGAACAGGACUGUGCUCCGUCGACACCUAGUCCAGAUAUUCCUCCUGCCCUGCCGGCAUGUGUGAGUCCGUCAGUGAUGUGUCGAGGCUCCACCCUGUGCAUCUCCCAAAGUCAGCUGUGUGAUGGACAGAGAGACUGCCCUGAUGGUUUUGAUGAGGAGUUCUGCAUCACUAAAUGUCCUAAUAGAGGGGAGUUCCGCUGUAAGGACAGGAGGAGGUGUAUUGGGAGGGCUCUGGUUUGUGACGGUCGCUCUCACUGCCAUGACGGCUCAGACGAGGUUGACUGUCCAACGAUGGCUGCUCCACCAUCCCAGGCAGCAGCCCUGAAGUGUCGUAUGGGUUCUAGACUGUGUAAGGAUGGGAGAGAGUGUGUCCUGCACAGCCAUGUGUGUGAUGGAGAGGUGGAUUGUAAGGACGGCUCCGAUGAACAGGACUGUGCUCCGUCGACACCUAGUCCAGAUAUUCCUCCUGCCCUGCCGACAUGUGUGAGUCCGUCAGUGAUGUGUCGAGGCUCCACCCUGUGCAUCUCCCAAAGUCAGCUGUGUGAUGGACAGAGAGACUGCCCUGAUGGUUUUGAUGAGGAGUUCUGCAUCACUAAAUGUCCUAAUAGAGGGGAGUUCCGCUGUAAGGACAGGAGGAGGUGUAUUGGGAGGGCUCUGGUUUGUGACGGUCGCUCUCACUGCCAUGACGGCUCAGACGAGGUUGACUGUCCAACGAUUGCUGCUCCACCAUCCCAGGCAGCAGCCCUGAAGUGUCGUAUGGGUUCUAGACUGUGUAAGGAUGGGAGAGAGUGUGUCCUGCACAGCCAUGUGUGUGAUGGAGAGGUGGAUUGUAAGGACGGCUCCGAUGAACAGGACUGUGCUCCGUCGACACCUAGUCCAGAUAUUCCUCCUGCCCUGCCGGCAUGUGUGAGUCCGUCAGUGAUGUGUCGAGGCUCCACCCUGUGCAUCUCCCAAAGUCAGCUGUGUGAUGGACAGAGAGACUGCCCUGAUGGUUUUGAUGAGGAGUUCUGCAUCACUAAAUGUCCUAAUAGAGGGGAGUUCCGCUGUAAGGACAGGAGGAGGUGUAUUGGGAGGGCUCUGGUUUGUGACGGUCGCUCUCACUGCCAUGACGGCUCAGACGAGGUUGACUGUCCAACGAUUGCUGCUCCACCAUCCCAGGCAGCAGCCCUGAAGUGUCGUAUGGGUUCUAGACUGUGUAAGGAUGGGAGAGAGUGUGUCCUGCACAGCCAUGUGUGUGAUGGAGAGGUGGAUUGUAAGGACGGCUCCGAUGAACAGGACUGUGCUCCGUCGACACCUAGUCCAGAUAUUCCUCCUGCCCUGCCGGCAUGUGUGAGUCCGUCAGUGACGUGUCGAGGCUCCACCCUGUGCAUCUCCCAAAGUCAGCUGUGUGAUGGACAGAAAGACUGUCCUGAUGGUUUUGAUGAGGAGUUCUGCAUCACUAAAUGUCCUAAUAGAGGGGAGUUCCGCUGUAAGGACAGGAGGAGGUGUAUUGGGAGGGCUCUGGUUUGUGACGGUCGCUCUCACUGCCAUGACGGCUCAGACGAGGUUGACUGUCCAACGAUGGCUGCUCCACCAUCCCAGGCAGCAGCCCUGAAGUGUCGUAUGGGUUCUAGACUGUGUAAGGAUGGGAGAGAGUGUGUCCUGCACAGCCAUGUGUGUGAUGGAGAGGUGGAUUGUAAGGACGGCUCCGAUGAACAGGACUGUGCUCCGUCGACACCUAGUCCAGAUAUUCCUCCUGCCCUGCCGGCAUGUGUGAGUCCGUCAGUGACGUGUCGAGGCUCCACCCUGUGCAUCUCCCAAAGUCAGCUGUGUGAUGGACAGAGAGACUGCCCUGAUGGUUUUGAUGAGGAGUUCUGCAUCACUAAAUGUCCUAAUAGAGGGGAGUUCCGCUGUAAGGACAGGAGGAGGUGUAUUGGGAGGGCUCUGGUUUGUGACGGUCGCUCUCACUGCCAUGACGGCUCAGACGAGGUUGACUGUCCAACGAUUGCUGCUCCACCAUCCCAGGCAGCAGCCCUGAAGUGUCGUAUGGGUUCUAGACUGUGUAAGGAUGGGAGAGAGUGUGUCCUGCACAGCCAUGUGUGUGAUGGAGAGGUGGAUUGUAAGGACGGCUCCGAUGAACAGGACUGUGAGCUUCUUUGCAAAGCAGGGCAGUUCCAGUGUGCUCAUGGGAAGAGGUGCAUUGAGCAGCAUCAGGUGUGUGAUGGAAAGGCCCAGUGUCAGGACCGUUCUGAUGAAAUGGACUGCUUUGAGCCUUCCAAGAGCUGCAGCCAUCGCUGUGACAACAGCCGUUGUAUCCCAGAAAGCUUCCUCUGUGACGGAGAGAGGGAUUGUGUCGACGGCUCCGAUGAAGAGAAUUGUGCUCUAGAGCCAUGUGAUAGUCACCAGUAUGGGUGCAGCAGUGGCCAGUGUGUUUCUGAGGCUCUUCGUUGUGAUGGCUACGUUGACUGUAAAGACGGUUCUGAUGAGAAGGGCUGUUCCAUGCCCCCCCACUGUCCAGCGGGCCUCCGCUGCCCACACAGCCACCAGUGUCUAGUGGAGGACUGGCUGUGUGAUGGGGAAGAUGACUGCCCAGAUGGCUCAGAUGAGAAUAAGUGUGUGUCGUCUCCAGUGAAGUGUGGGGAGUUCCAGUGGAGCUGUGUCUCCAAGCACCAGUGUGUCCCUUCCAUCUGGAGGUGUGAUGGACAGAUUGACUGUGUUGACCACAGUGACGAGGAGGGAUGUGGUCUGGUAAGGUGUGCCAGCAAUCUGUACCAGUGUGGCAGUGGGGAGUGUCUGGACCGGUUUCUGGUGUGUAAUCACAUCACCAACUGUCCUGAUAGUUCUGAUGAAGGGCCUGGCUGUUCCACCAACAACUGCUCCAGCCCUGGGUCCCCCAGCUGUGACCAGCAUUGUGUCAGCACCCCAUAUGGACCCAGGUGCAGCUGUGUGGCAGGUUUCCGCCUCCAAGCCGACGGUCUGUCCUGUGCAGAUGUUGAUGAGUGUCGGGUCCAACCACCGUUCUGCAGUCACUCCUGCCUCAACACGCAUGGCUCCUUCUAUUGUAGCUGUCACCGUGGAUACUUGCUGGACCCAGAUGGCCACAGCUGCAAGACCCCAGAGGAGCCCCUGCUGCUGGCGUCUGUGCAGAAUGAGCUGCUGGUUAUGGGGCUGCGUACCUCCAGUCUCUCUGUGCUCUCCAUCAAUGAGAGACCUGUAUUCUGUGUGGAUUAUGACUGGACAGACCAGAGGGUCUACUGGGCCAGUCUGGGGGAGGACAGCAUUAAGUGGACCUCCAUCAACACCAUGGGAACAGGCACCCUGCUCAAAGGUGUGAAGCCUGAUGCUAUUGCAGUUGACUGGAUUGGCAGGAACCUUUACUGGCUGGAUGGGCUGGCUGGUCAGGUUCUAGCUGUGGGGCUGUGCCCCACUACUGUGAUGCAUCAGAACUAUAUUGUGGUUCUGGAUGAACACCUGGAUCAGCCUCACUCGCUUCUGCUGCUGCCACACAAAGGGGUGAUGUUCUGGUCAGAGGUCGGUAGUGACCCUGAGAUUGAGCGCUCUGGGAUGGAUGGCUCUGAGAGGAAGGUGGUGGUGAGUCAUGGUCUCAGUCGUCCUGUCAGUCUCUCUGACGAUCCUCUAACUGAUCGCAUCUACUGGGCUGAUGAGAAACUCCAGUGCAUUGGCUCUGCAACGCUGGAUGGACACAACGUCAGGUUUCUGCAGCUAUCAGAGAUGCCCAGCCCCUUCUCUUUGACAGUCUUCAAUGACAUGUUCUACUGGUCUGACACCAAGAGAAGGACUAUUCAAGUAGCCUCCAAGAACACUGGCAAGAACCGUAAGGUUUUACUGAAAAGACCUGGACAGCCUUUUGGCCUGCGGAUGAUGCACCCCCUCAGACAGGCUAAUGUGUCCAGCCCCUGUGAGAAGCUACGGUGUUCUAAUCUUUGUCUCUUGGCUCCGGAAGUGCCUACACGACAGGGGGCUGGUGCCUUGGGGCUCAAUGCGGUGUGUCGAUGCCCAGCAGGUCUUAUCCUGGCUGGGGACGGCCGUACGUGCUCCCCCCCUGUAGACAGCACCUUCCUCCUACUCCUUUCUCCUACUGUUGUCACACAGAUAUACCUGAAGACCAUGCAUGCUGGGAUGGGGUUGAAGCACUGGCCAGAACAUCGUGAGCUGUUGCUACCAGGGAUGAAACAGGCCUCAGGGCUGGACGUGGCUCUUCAGGACAGCAUGUUUUACAUAGCUGAUGCUGCCCAGGGCUCAGUGGACCUGAUGAAGCAGAAUGGCUCAGUUUUGACCCUGAACAGCAGAGUCCUUAAUCUCCAGGAGGACCUGGUGACGGCGCUGGCAGUGGACUGGCUCACUCUGAACCUGUACUGGAGCAGCAGCAAACAGCCGGACCUCUAUGUCACCAGCCGGCAGCAGCACACUGUAGCGUUGCUCCAAACUGGCCUCCAUGGCACUACCUCCAUUGCCCUGCACCCCCCCUCUGGACGCCUUUGCUUCACAGCUUUUGCUCAGGUGAAUGGCAGGAACCUGCCACAGGUGAACUGUGCCUUCAUGGAUGGACGCAGUCAGAUGCAGCUCUGGAGGAAAGCUGUGAUUCCAACCUCGCUGAUAUUCUCCAACAAGGGCACUCAGCUGUACUGGGCUGACAUAGGUGCUGGAGUGAUUGGCUCAGUGUUUCUGGAUGGUUCCGGAUACCAACAGUUUAAAGCUGGUCCAGGCCUCCUUAUAUCCUUCACUCAAGCUGAGAAUAUACUCCUGUGGAGCACCCAGGACAAUGAUGUGACAAGACUCUGGUUCAGUGAUGGUGAUCAGCCCAAGCAGCUGUGGUUUGAAGUGAAGACCAACAUAGUGGCCAUCCGGGCUUACGGCAAAUCUAGUCAGAAAGGAACCAAUGGUUGCUCAGAGAGGAAUGGUGGCUGCAGUCAGCUGUGUCUUGUCCACCCAGGGGGGUGGAGCUGUAAAUGUGGGCGUGGUUUCCAGACUUUAAAUACCACAGCAUGCAGCCAAUCCCUUCAGUGCCCUGAGGGCAGCAGGGCCUGUAAUGAUGGCAGCAGGUGCCUCCCACUGACAAAGUUCUGUAACCAGCUGUUCGACUGCUUUGACCAAUCAGACGAGAUCAACUGUGGUUUUAGAGAGAAGCCCCAAAAUGGCCAUCAUGGUAGACCUUCAGCUUCAACUCCCCGUGGCCCCGAUUGGUCAGCAAAUUCUCCCUCCAGGGGUGAUGGGUGGUCAGAGGUGCAGUUGUUGGACCCGAAGUCAUGUGAUGUCCAACAGUGUAACGGACAUGGGAAAUGUGUGACAGUGGGCAGAGUGACCACCUGCCAAUGCACCCUGGGAUACCAAGGGGAGUUCUGUGAGGAGGGGCCAGUUGGCAGUAAUGCCCCCCUCAUUCUGGGCAUCCUCAGUCUCAUUGGUGGAGUGCUGAUGGCAGUGUUCUUCAUCAGGAAGAGAAUCAGAGCUGCAUCACAAUGUCAGGCUACAGACAAAGAGACUCUUAUGACCAAGAUGGAUGAACGGACAAUCUAUGCAGAGUGCUUCAACAACGAUCUGUAUGAUCCAGAUCCUGACAUGGAAUUGAACUCUUCUGCUGAUGGGAAAUCAACAUCUGUAAAUGUCAAGUCGUCAUUGUAGUUUCUACUCUGAAAUAAAACAUUGAAUCCAUGAUAAACCUUUAUCUGAAAUAAAGAAUGUAAUCCAUGAUAA